UAUUUUGGUCAGACAGUGGACAGCUCUAUGGCUCUAUGGAUCGUCAGCUCUGAGCCUGAUGAACUGUUAUUUCUGUUGUUGUUUCAGUUUACUGGUGGUAGGUAUCCCUCUCUGUUUGACCUGAGUUGUCUUUUCAUUGUACUUUCUCUCAAAGGGUUACUUUUUCUUGCAAACCCAGUUAAAAUGUGAUUUUGUGUACUGUGUGUAAAGUACCAUAGAAGCAAGCAGCUGGUACUUUAUGUCCGUCAUCGUUUCACUUCGAUGAGACAUACAGUAUUAGAUUUAGUAGUGUCUCAUCUAGACCUAGUGUAUGGUUAGUCAUCACUCAGUGUGUAAUCAGAUAGGGGGUCUGGGUCUACUCUGUAUAGUACAGUAUGUACAGUAAUUUGGUUAGCUCUGAUGAGCCCCAGGUUGUGACUGGGUUGUGACCCGUCUGUCCCUGUCCCCUCAGAGCCAGGACUGGAGUAAGAGUGAUGAGAGACUACUGGAGGCUGUAAGGCAGAACGAACCUGACAAAGUAGCUGCUCUGAUCGUGAAGAAGGGACUCUGUCCCACCAAACUGGAUGCAGAGGGGAAGUCAGCGUAAGUACCAAACACUUAGGGUCAGUUUCCCUGACACAGGUUAAGCCUAGUCUUGGACUAAGAAGUACUUUCAAUGGAGAAUCGUUAUUGAACUUGCUUGUUAGUCUAGGACUAGGUUUAAAUGUGUCCACGAAACGUCCCUUAAUGUUCAAACUGUCAGUGAGACAGGGUAAAGAGUUGAAAUCCUUUCUACUUUCUUUGUUGUCAUUACCAGUGUUGUUAUUCUCUUCCUGGUAGGGUCCACCUCUGUGCUGUCUGGAGGUCAUCCUGGCUCACGGGCCAGACAUUAACGUGACAGAUGGCUCAGGUGAGACGACAGUCUCAUUCAGUGAACAUGUUAACAUGUUUAGUGUCACAGAUCGCCAAGGUAAUGCUUUGUGGCUAUAACUGGUCAAAACAACAUAUUCAAAGUUGAUUAUCUCAAUUAUAACAUGCUCUCUUGCAAUUUGUUUUUGUUAACUCAUUAAUUUCCUCUCUCGCUUUGUGAUGGCCUUAUCAACUUCAAGGCUUCAGUGCCAUUCACCUAGCAGCCAAGAACGGCCAGCCUGAUUGCCUGAAGAGACUAUUACAGGUACAGCAGACAGACAUAGUUAACAUUACUACAAUACAUGGAAAAUCAGGUAUGCCGUUAUCAUAGAUUUUUGGUGAAUACGUCUCAUACUCCCACAGGAGAGAUGAUAGAUUCCAUAGACAGCGUUGGUCAGACAGCUUUGCAUCACGCAGGUAUGCAAUACCCUAGCUAUAAUGCAAUUGAUUACAGCACUAUCCGUGUAACACUGUAAACAAUUCAACCUUUUUAUACCUUCCGUUUGUCUACCUAUGGUGUCUGUCCGUCUUCCUGUAGCUGUGAGCGGCUGCUUGUCAUGCACUGAGACUCUGUGGGACUUCAAGGCCCGUCUGGAUGCCCAGGAUGGGGUAAGUGGCGUAGGCUUAAACUCUGUACAGCAACAGUCACCAAGCCAGGUCCUGGAGAACUACAGGGUGUGCAGGGUUUUGUUACAGCCAAGCACUAAAACACAAUUCAAUCAACCAUGUUAAGCCAUUGUGGUCUCGUCUAUCUCAGGAUGGGGUGACCCCGCUGAUCCUAGGAGCCCAGAUGAGCAGAGUGGAGCUGUGUGCUUUCCUGUUGGACCGAGGGGCCAACCCCAACAUACAGGACAGCCAGGGCAGGUAAUUCAACAAGACACAAAAAACAAGGCUUUGCAUUAGAUUGACUUAUGCAAGACAAAUUGUGAACACAACUUAAAGGACAAGUUCACUUUUUUUCACCAAAUCUCUAUGUUUGAUGCAAAUGGCAUGUUAGGUGUCCAGACACCUUUUUUGCGAUUUCACUUGGUUUCGAGAAACGUACCCCACCAGCAAUAGACUUCCUCAUGCUUUUCAGGGGCAGAGAUGAAACAUGAACAAAGGCUACAAAAAACAGAGCAAUACGUUUCCGUGGGCAAGCACGCACAUGCUUCCUGGUUCCCAUUGUGGUGAUAUGGGAAACGAGAAAGAACGUACACGGAAAUGUAUCGCUCGAGUCCAACAACAUGGAAUAUAACGAUGCGGAUAAAGUUUGGAAUUAGAAAAUGUCUUAUGUACAACAUCUAAAGACCUGCAUCACUAUACUGAGAGUGUUGCAAUUUCUAAAAGGAUGUAUUUGUGUGUUUUUGGAGCCUAGGUUCAGGUUUGAUCUCUGACCCUGAAACUGCAGAAUGAGCAUGAGGAAGUCUAUCACUGGUCGGGUAAGUUUCUCGAAACUAAGUGAAAUCACACUUGGACACGACGCAGCCCACUACGGCGCAACUGCCGGCAACCAGCGCAUUGCACAGCUGCUGCAGAACGGGGCUCCAAGUAACCCACGGUAACCUCUGGAUGUCUCACCUGCCGACUGAAGCAGGGUUGGGCUCAAUUCCUUUUAAAUUGGGAUUUUUGUUGAGUUAGAACUUCAAUCCACUUCUUGUCUGAACUGACUUGAAAUGGAAUUGAGCGUAACCUUGCUCUGCUACCCUCUAGGCCCAGUCUGGGGCUCCAUUCUGGGCCCUGGUAGAAUGGUGGAUAGAAUUAUAAUUGAUAGAACAGACAACAUUCCCUGCUGGUUAUACCACAGGCCAUAUUUGGUGUAGCAUUUCAAAUGUUCAAUUAAUUAGCAUUGGCAACUACUACAAAACUUUGUAUGCUAUUGGUGUACUGUAUCAGAAUCCAUGGUGCAUUAUCCUUUAUAUCAGUUGUAAUGAUAUGGCCUGGUCUAUGGCCCUACUCUGGUCCCCCAGGAAAUGGCUGUAAUGUGAGGAAGUGGAUGAAGUAAAGGGGACAGCUGGGGUAAUUGUAAAAGCCUGAAACAGAGAAGCUUGCUGCACUUUUAUCUUCAAACAAAGGCUCUGUGAUUUAUGAAAAACAGAUGUGGGUUUCGUUUGAAAUGGAGAUGAAUGGAAGCAGAGCAGUGCCUGAAAUGUCUCUGGUGUAUCUGUGAUAUAUGAGGACUCUCGUAUCUUACAGCUUACAGCUUAAAGUAGGGCUGUUGUUUGGUGUUAUACUGCGUGCUACGAUAUAUAGGAGUAUGGUAUGCUUCUUAGCUAUAACUACAGUGUGUAUGUGUUAAAAGGAUUUGCCAUUUGUCUCUCCCCAUGCAUACGUAGCCACUGAGGGCAAUGGCGAGGAGGCAACUGACCACUCAGCUUUUCAUUUUCACUCACUACACAUUCAGUACAUGUGAAAACAUAACACCACUAAUUCUAUAUUGUACAUAAUAGAAAAUGUACAACAUAAGAAGGAACACCAACUUCUUAUCCCAUUUUCAGUCUACAACAACAUAUUUUGAACAACAGCUGGAGCAACAUCACACGAGGAAAACGCAUUAAAAGCUAAUUUCACAACAUUUUGCUUGGCUUUGCUGCUAUUUCUCUCCUGCUUUCCAUUGCUCCCCUGUACCUUCUGCUUGUCUGUGCCUCCAGCGGCAGCCCCCUCCUCCACCUCCUCUGCCAGGGGGGACCACCCCCCGCAAGAGGAAAGCCCCUCCUCCACCCAGAUGAUGACAUGCUGGACUUCCCAGGUGUGUGUGGAGGGAGAGAGGAAAUACUGCUGGCAGAUUGUUACAGAUGCCGUAUCUUAAUUUGACCCAGUUUCUCACAGCAGUAAAAUAAUCCUGCAGCAACAGGAAAUGUGAAUUAUUAUGUGGAUUAUAUAAUUAAUGGAAUUUUUUUGUAGGGAUUGAUACAUUUCUCGUGAGGGCAAAUCAUGUCUGAAAUAUUAAAGAGGAAAUUACAAACUUUGGAAGCCUUUUUUUAUACCUAAAAUACACUACAAGCUUGCAUUUCCUGCUGUGCAGGAAAAUUCCUGCAAGAACAGGAUGAUCAAAUUAGGAUCCAUCAUCUGUAUAUUUGUUAAAUGGACCAAAUGUUGGAUGGAUGGACUAGGAUGUAGAACCCUAAUGAGAGUCAUACAUCAUAACUAGAUGAUGAAUUUCACUCAAAUUCUACUGCCAUGGUUUUGCAAUGUGUUAGACAAAAUAUUACAUUGAUUUAGCCCCGUCUAUCUUGAAGGUGCUGAGAAGCUGCUCUCCAGGCGGUCGAGAGAGUCUCCCUUUGCUCUGGACGAGGGGGAGGCAGACUCACCCAACCCCACCUCUCCUGGUCCUGCAGACCCAGACACUGUGGCUGAGCUAUACAGACAGGUGGAUGAGCUGACCUCACAGAACCAGGAGCUGGUCCUCACAGUGCAGGUAAGAACACACACACACACACACACACACACACACAUACACGCCAUCUGGUUAUUAAAAGGUCCUCCAGACCAGAGCAGUCCCAGUCAGCAGAUGAUGAUGAUGGACUGGUUCAAGGCUGGCUGAACAGUGUCAGAUUGGACUGUUUGUCAUAUUACCACUUUAUAGGUCUAUGAGGCAGCAGUAUCCAGGUAUAAAUAGAAAACUAGCAUCACACAGAGACUUGGUGCAGGCAUUCUUCACUAACUGGGUCAUGGUCUGUACAAGUAGACAGAAUUAGGACAAAGGGUUACAGCCAAUGAUGUAUACUAAACCAAAAAUGAAAUGCAACAUGCAACAAUUUCAACGAUUUUACUGAGUUACAGUUCAUAUAAGGAAAUCAGUCAAUUCAAAUAAAUUCAUUAGGCCCUAAUCUAUGGAUUUCACAUGACUGGGCAGGGACGCAGCCAUAGGCCCACCCACUUUAAAUUCUCUGGCAACAGCUCUGGUGGACAUUCCUGCAGUCAGCAUGCCAAUUGCACGCUCCCUCAAAACUUGAGACAUCUGUGGCAUUGUGUUCUGUGACAAAACAGCACAUUUUACAGUGGCAUUUUAUUGUCCCCAGCACAAGGUGCACCUGUGUAAUGAUCAUGCUGUUUAAUCAUCUUCUUGAUAUGCCACACCUGUCAGGUGGAUGGAUUAUCUUGGCAAAGGAGAAAUGCUCACUAACAGGGAUGUAAACAAAUUUGUGCACAAUAUUUGAGAGAAAUAAGCUUUUUGUGCGUGUAGAACAUUUCAGGGAUAUUUUAUUUUAGCUCAUGAAACAUGGGACCAACAUAUUACAUGAUGCGUUAAUAUUUUUGUUCAGCGUAUAUAAACCCUGGAUUGCUGAUGCUAUGUAUUGAAGCCACUGGUCGGCUUGUGGGUUCGAUUCCCACGGGGGGCCAGUAUGAAAAAAUGUAUGCACUCACUAACUGUAAGUCGCUCUGGAUAAGAGCGUCUGCUAAAUGACUAGAAUGUAAAAUGUAAAUAUUGGCACUCCCCAGUAGGAGCAUCCCUCCAUAGGAAUUAAUGUAAUUCUACAGUAUUUCAAUUAAAUGUUUCAAGGUCAAAAUUACAUGUAUUUAAGUAUUUUGUUGUUGUAGUAGGGACAGUAACAUUAGUUAUACUUUAAGGAAAAUGUUUUAAUUAAAAUUAUUAUUUGUAUAAACAAAAUUUAUUUUUUAUUACACCUUUAUUUAACCAGGUAGGCCAUUUGAGAACAAGUUCUCAUUUACAACUGCGACCUGGCCAAGAUAAAGUAAAGCAGUGCGAUUAAAAAAAAACAACCACAGAGUUACAUAUACACAAAAUACAACAGAAAAUAUAUAUACAGUGUGUGCAAAUGUAGCAAGUUAUGGAGGUAAGGAAAUAAAUAGGCCAUAGUGCAAAAUAUUUACAAUUUAGUAUUAACACUGGAAUGAUAGAUGUGCAAGAGAUGAUGUGCAAAUAGAGAUACUGGGGUGCAAAUGAGCAAAAUAAAUAACAAUAUGGGGAUGAGGUAGUUGGGUGGGCUAUUUUCAGAUGGGCUGUGUACAGGUGCAGUGAUCGGUAAGAAUAAAUGUGGCAAAAUGAAUGUAGACAUUUAAAAAAAUCAUUUCUAUAGCUUCCUAAAUAUUUUUUACAAUGGUGAGAGCGUGCCAAGAUGGAGGCACGUUGGCUUCAACACAGCGCCUCCUAUCAGCCAUCUAGUGUACUGUAUAUAUCACUGGGGCCAAGCUUCCUGCCAUCCAGGACCUCUAUACCAGGUGGUGUCAGAGGUAGGCCCUCAAAAUUGUCAAAGACUCCAGCCACCCUAGUCAUAGACUGUUCUCUCUGCUACCGCACGGCAAGCGGUACCAGAGUGCCAAGUCUAGGUCCAUAAGACUUCUCAACAGCUUCUACCCCCAAGCCAUAAGACUCCUGAACAGCUAAUCAUGGCUACCCGGACUAUUUGCACUACAUCACGUCUGGAGGAAACCUGGCACCAUCCCUACAGUGAAGCAUGGUGGUGGCAGCAUCAUGCUGUGGGGAUGUUUUUCAGCGGCAGGGACUGAGAGACUAGUCAGGAUCGAGGGAAAGAUGAACGGAGCAAAGUACAGUGAGAUCCUUGAUGAAAACCUGCUCCAGAGUGCUCAGGACCUCAGACUGGGGCGAAGGUUCACCUUCCAACAUGACAACAACCCUAAGCACACAGCCAAGACAACGCAGGAGUGGCUUCGGGACAAGUCUCUGAAUGUCCUUGAGUGGCCCAACCAGAGCCCUGACUUGAACCCGAUCGAACAUCUCUGGAGAGACCUGAAAAUAGCUGUGCAGAGACACUCCCCAUCCAACUUGACAGAGCCUGAGAGGAUCUGCAGAGAAGAAUGGGAGAAACUCCCAAAAUACAGGUGUGCCAAGCUUGUAGCAUCAUACCCAAGAAGACUCAAGGCUGUAAUCGCUGCCAAAGGUGCUUCAACAAAGUACUGAGUAAAGGGUCUGAAUACUUAUGUAAAUGUGAUAUUUCAGUUGUAUUUAUUUUACUUAUUUUUGCAACAAAUUCUAAAAACCUGUUUUUGCUUUUUCAUUAUGGGGUAUUGUGUGUAGAUUGAUGAGAGGGAAAAAACUAUUUAAUCCAUUAUAGAAUAAGGCUGUAAUGUAACAAAAUGUGGAAAAAGUCAAGGGGUCUGAAUUAUUUCAGAAUGCACUGUAAGUCAUUGGUUAUAGCCAGGCUACCAUUGGAGGGUUUGUCUGGGAUUGUGUGUGAGGGGCAACAGGGGUGGUAGUACUGCACAGAAGCUAACUGUGAAGCUGUCAUGAAGGAAGAGGAGAGGAAGCAGUUCUGGACUUAAAGUUGUGACAUAAAAAUAGGAUGCUCGACCUAUGAGAUACACAUCACAACUGCUAGAGAAGAAAGCAAACCCUUACUGAUUAUUUCUGUACUGUGAUUUUGGGUGGUUUUCAGAUGCUGGAGAUGUUUGAGAAGGAUGACACUGACAUGCAGACAUCCGGCCCAGACUUUGUCCCCACGGCUCUGUAUGACUCCAUCAGGAGGGAGUUUGAAGCUCUGCAGGAGCGUUACUCCCAGGCCCAGGCUUCAGCUGAGGCCUCCAGCAUGGCGGGAGAGGUG